CACGAACACUGCCAUCCACAUUUUAUAACUUGUAAUCCCCCUAUAAUUAUGUUUGGUAUCAAGAAGAAGCUCUCCUCGCUCAUCCCCAACGACGCCAGAGCCCACCUUCAAAACGUGUUUACCGUCGAAUGGGAAGACGGGAACAAGACCGUUCUCGUUGAUGUGUCCGAUACAGAUAAGCAGCAGCAUGAAAUGGAAAUGAACGGGGUAGGGGCUGGAGGUGGAGGGACCUAUGGCCGGUUGGCGGACGAUGAGGAGGAGGACCGAUACACGCGCCCCGUCCUUCGAACACGAAAGUCUUCUCAGAGGCUCAAUUCUUCCUCGAAAAAUCUGCCUUCCCUGCCCUCCAUCUCUCGAAAAUCCACGUCCGAAUCCCACGCCCCUUCAUCGGCUUCCACGUUCCGGGCCAACCCAUCUGGCCCCAGCCGCUAUGGGGGGACGAAUCCCUUCGACGGCAGCGCGGACGAUUACCCUUCUCCACAGACCUCUUCCAGCUCCACCUACACCUCUUCCCCAUACUCUACCACAUCUCCCAAUUUCCCUCCAUACUCGUCCUCUUCUCAAAAUUUCUCGCAGGGAGGAGCGUCAGGAUACGGCUCGGGGCAAGAACGGAGAAAAGCAGAGAACCCUUGGCAGACAUUCAGGUCGGACGAGGUGGACAUGUUGGGUGGCGGCGACCUUGGCGUCGACAGUCCCACGAGUUCAUCGGGGACGCAUUCCAAUGGCAGCGUGGGAUAUGAGGUGUACAGGAGUAGCAGGACCGACCCCCUCAGAUGACUUUGAGCUUUCGAGAGGAGUGCGUGAUGACUUGUGAAUAAGACAUUCCGGGCGUUUAUUGGAAGUCCCCAUUCGAUAUAUGAGUGUAUCUGUCAUCUUAUGGCUGUACGGUAUCUUUUUCCAUCCUUGUCAGUUGUAACUCUAGAUAUCAUAUGAUACUCUGCACACCAGCUAUUCCUC